AUGGCUUCUGAAAAUAUUAUUAUUUUCGGCCCAACCGGCCAGGUUGCGGCGGCAGCGGCAACUUUUGCGCAGGCCAAAGGUGCCAAGGUCGCACUCGCCAUGCGAGAUACCAAAAAAGCGAUCCCAGGCCUGAGCCCUGAGAAGGAGCAAAGCGCGGGCUUCGAGAGAGUCUCCGCCGACCUUACCAAGCCCGAGACCAUCCAGGCCGCCGUCGAGAAGACGGGGGCGAAGCGCGCGUUCCUCUACCUCAUCUUCGGCAAGCCCAUGCGGCCUGCCGUCGAGGCGCUGAAGUCUUCCGGUAUCGAGUUCGUUGUCUUCAACAGCAGUCUGUCCCUCACGGAAGAAAGCGAUCUGAGGAAUGUCUCGCAGGGCGACUAUGUUGCGUGGGCCCAUGCGCAAGUCGAGAUCGCCCUCGAAGAGAUCUUCGGAGUCCCCAAUUACGUCACGGUUCGGCCGGGAGCCUUCGCAAGCAACGUGAUGCUCUGGAAGGAUAUGGUGAAGAAAGGCGAGGUCAGGAUCGCGUACCCCGAGGCCGUCUUUAGCUAUAUCGCGCCUCCGGACAUCGGCAAGCUCUGUGGAGCUCUCCUUGUCGCCGGGCCUCAAGUGCUUGAGACAAAGGGUGGGCGAAAUGUCGUCAAUCUUACCGGCCCCGAACUGGCGACGCAAGAGGAAGCUGUGAGAGAUAUCGGCCGGGUGCUUGGUAAGGAGAUUCCCGUAGUAGCAUUGUCCGAGCAACAGGGAGUGAAGCUGUUCGUCGAUGGAUUUGGCAUGCCGGAGUCGGCAGCACAGGGUUUGGUCAGCCUACACAGGCGCUUGGCCGAGAGUGGCCGAAAUGAUAAGGGGUAUCAAGGAGACAUCUACGAGGAAGCGCUGAGCAACUUUGAGAAGUACACGGGAGAGCGGCCUACCACACUAUUCCAAUGGCUUGAGGAGAACAAAGGCCAAUUCACAGAUUGA